AUGUCUGAAAUUACUUUGGGUCGUUACUUAUUUGAAAGAUUAAGCCAAGUUGAUGUUAAAACCAUCUUCGGUUUACCAGGUGACUUUAACUUGUCCUUGUUAGACAAGAUUUACGAAACCCCAGGUAUGAGAUGGGCUGGUAACGCUAACGAAUUGAACGCUGCUUACGCUGCUGACGGUUACGCUAGAAUUAAGGGUAUGUCCUGUAUCAUCACCACUUUCGGUGUCGGUGAAUUAUCCGCUUUGAACGGUAUUGCUGGUUCUUACGCUGAACACGUUGGUGUCUUACACGUUGUCGGUGUCCCAUCCGUCUCCUCUCAAGCUAAGCAAUUAUUGUUGCAUCACACUUUAGGUAACGGUGAUUUCACUGUCUUCCACAGAAUGUCCGCUAACAUCUCUGAAACCACUGCUAUGGUUACUGACAUUGCCACUGCUCCAGCUGAAAUUGACAGAUGUAUCAGAACUACUUACGUUACCCAAAGACCAGUCUACUUAGGUUUACCAGCUAACUUGGUUGACUUAAAGGUCCCAGCUUCCUUAUUGGAAACUCCAAUUGACUUAUCCUUGAAGGCUAACGAUGUUGAAGCUGAAACUGAAGUUGUUAACACCAUCUUAGAAUUGAUCAAGGAUGCCAAGAACCCAGUUAUCUUAGCUGAUGCUUGUGCUUCUAGACACGAUGUUAAGGCUGAAACCAAGAAGUUGAUUGACAUCACUCAAUUCCCAUCUUUCGUUACCCCAAUGGGUAAGGGUUCUAUCGAUGAACAACACCCAAGAUUCGGUGGUGUCUACGUCGGUACCUUGUCUUCUCCAGCUGUUAAAGAAGCUGUUGAAUCUGCUGAUUUGAUUUUGUCUGUCGGUGCUUUGUUGUCUGAUUUCAACACUGGUUCUUUCUCUUACUCUUACAAGACCAAGAACAUUGUCGAAUUCCACUCUGACUACAUUAAGAUCAAGAACGCUACCUUCCCAGGUGUUCAAAUGAAAUUCGCUUUACAAAAAUUGUUAGGUUCCGUCGCUGAAGCUGCUAAGGGUUACAAGCCAGUCGCUGUCCCAGCUAAGCCAGCUGCUAACGCUGCUGUUGACGCUGCCACCCCAUUGAAACAAGAAUGGAUGUGGAACCAAGUUGGUAAGUUCUUACAAGAAGGUGAUGUUGUUAUCACUGAAACUGGUACCUCUGCUUUCGGUAUUAACCAAACUCACUUCCCAAACAACACUUACGGUAUCUCUCAAGUCUUAUGGGGUUCCAUUGGUUUCACCACUGGUGCUUGUUUAGGUGCUGCUUUCGCUGCUGAAGAAGUUGAUCCAAAGAAGAGAGUUAUCUUAUUCAUUGGUGACGGUUCUUUACAAUUGACUGUCCAAGAAAUCUCCACUAUGGUCAGAUGGAACUUGAAACCAUACUUGUUCGUCUUGAACAACAAUGGUUACACCAUUGAAAAGUUGAUUCACGGUCCAACCGCUCAAUACAACGAAAUUCAAAGCUGGGACCACUUAUCCUUAUUGCCAACUUUCGGUGCUAAGGACUACGAAAACCACAGAGUUGCUACCACCGGUGAAUGGAUCAAAUUGACUGAAAACAAGGAAUUCAACCAAAACUCUAGAAUUAGAUUGAUUGAAAUUAUGUUGCCAGUUAUGGAUGCUCCAUCUAACUUGGUUGCUCAAGCUCAAUUGACCGCCAAGAUCAAUGCUAAGCAAGAUUAA